AUGUAUAGUUCUGCAAAUUUUGAACCAGAAAAUAUUCAAAAUACUGGAAAUAAUAUUAUUUCCAUUAAAAAUAAUGAUAUUAUAAAUAAUAAUAAUAAUAUCAGUAAUAAUCAUAUUAUUUUAUCAUGUAAUGGUAAUUCUAUAAAAGGUAAUAAUGAUAAUAAUAAUAAUAAUAAUAAUAAUAAUAAUAAUAAUAAUAAUAAUAAUAAUAAUAAUAAUAAUAAUAAUAAUAAUAAUAAUAAUAAUAAUAAUAAUAAUUCCAUAAUAAAAAGUAAUAAUAAUAAUUUUGAAGAAUAUAUAUAUUUAUUUUGUGGUAAUGACCAUAAUGAUAUAAAUUCAUUAUAUAGAUUUAAUAUAAAGAAUAAAAUGAUUGAAAAGAUGCAAUUUAAAAAUAAGAAUCAAAGAGAAUUUGGAACAUUUAGAGGAUCAUUAUUUUCAAUAUCAUCAACUAGAGAAUCAAUUUACAUAACCAAUGGUAAAUCAUGUUUAAAAUAUUGUUUAAAUUCCGAGAAAACCAAAUUAAUAACCAACGGACAAUGGGAUAAUACAAUGUACAGAUCAACUUUUUAUGAUAAAAUCAAUGACUAUAUCUAUUUAAUUGGUGGUUUAUUAAAUGACCAAUUACAACAAAGCAUAUAUCGUUGGAAUAUCAGAACUGGAGAAUAUAUAAAAUAUGCCAAAACCAACGGACCCAUAUUAGAGGCGCAGCUAUGCUACUCUGCCCAAGAGAAUUGCAUCUACAUGUUGGGUGGCUGGAUCUCUGAUAAAGAUUAUAAUCAACAAAUUGAUUGUUUCAAUAUUACAGAUAGAACAGUUACAACGAUUUAUAAAUUUGAAAAGAAACAAACCUUAUUCUCUCAUAGUUGUUAUGUUACUAAAAAUCAUUCACUUUACAUUUACAUUUGGAAAAUUAAUCAAUUCCUAAGAUUCGAUAUUAAAACUAAAACUAUUCAUCCUUUAGCAAGUUGUUUAAAGAAAACAAAUUUCUCAAGAUUAUUAUUCGACGGAGAUGAUUCAAUUUAUCUUCCAAGUAAUUCUUCAAUCUUUGAAUAUAGAUGUUCAACAAAUUCUUGGUCUGAAAACCAAAUUAAUAUUAAUCAUAAAUAUCUUUAUACAACUCAUAGGUUUUAA